AAUAGCAACACUGUGACUUACCUGUCAUGCGCUUCAUUCAUAGAGCAAAGAAAAGAAAUUCCUAAAACGCAUGACAGUUUGACAGCACUGUGACAAAAAUAUAAUAAGAACGUGAUAUUUUAAUUGUAAAUAAUCUUUUAAUUAACAAAUUAAACAUGUCGGAUAACAAGGAAGUUGAUAAAUCUAAUGUCGACCCGGAAUUGGACGAUUUGCUUGAAAGUGCUCUCCAAGACAUGACGAAGAAGCCAGCCGGCACCGUGGCCGAGGGCUCCAGCGAGGUCCCAUCGAACAUGUGGAGCGAGGAAUUCAUCAAAGAGGCAGCAGCACAGUUUGAAAGCAACAUGUCUGCUAUACUUAGCAGUUUUAGUGGCGUACCAGAAGACCAAAUAACACAGGAGCAGAUAGCACAGACAUUCACAAAAAUGGCCGAGGCAGCAGCCCAUGUGCUAAAACCUGAAGGGGCGCCUGAAGAAGCUGGAGUGCCUGCUGUAGCUGCCGUAGACCCUGAAGUCCAGGGAAAUAUAGAUGAGGUAUCAGCAGCCAUAUCGCAGACGUUGAAGAAUUUGAACACGAACUCUGAAACACUGAACACACCCUUUUCCGACCAGGACCUAGCCAGUAUGUUUAAUAACAUCACGCUCGGGGAAGGACAGCAAGAAGGCAACAUGUUCGUGCCAUUCAUGCAGGGUAUGAUGCAGUCCCUCCUCUCCAAGGAGGUCCUGUAUCCCUCCCUGAAAGACCUCGUCGAUAAAUACCCCACUUGGCUCGCAGAGAACAAGGGGAAAAUUGAACAGAGUGAAUAUGAUAGAUUUGAAAAGCAGCAGAAGCUAAUGGAGCAGGUGUGUGCUGAACUGGAACCGGAGCAGGAGUCAGACCCUGACGACGUCAAGAGAAAGAGGUUCGAAGUCGUACUCGAUCUGAUGCAGAAGAUGCAAGACCUAGGGCAACCACCCACUGAGCUAGUAGGAGACAUGGGCCCCCCACAGGGGUUCGCUUCCCCGGCCGUGCCAGACGCGGCGCAGUGCAGCAUCAUGUAGUAAAACACGUAAUUGGUAACAUCACAAUGAACUAAUCAAUUAAAUUACAAUUAUAUUAACCCUUUGAAAAUUGUUGUAAAUCAUCCCCUA